ACAAAAUCGAUGAAAUUGCUUGGUAUCACCGUGCGAGACUGAUACGGCGAGGUUGUUCCUAUAUGGAAGCUGGUGCUGUCACAACUCAGUAACAGUUGCUCUCCGGACAGCACUUGAGCAGUUUGAACUGAAAAUCGAUCAUCUCGUGAAGAUAAACGCGAAUAUAAUGUAUAUAACGGUGGAACGUUUGCACAAGAACUCAUUUUGCAUUUUAUUUCGUGCCGGUAAACAACUUCCACGUGGAAAUGUGAUAACUAUGUUCAUUGACAGACAAUACAAACCAAUGGAGGAUGCUUGGAUAUUUCUACACAGUGUAUCUGAACAUGUGUAAGCCUAUGCAGAAUCAACUAUAAACAAACUGGUUGCAUUUCAUGCGGGUCGACACUGUGAUGCAAAAUUGGUUCACGAACCAGGAACACCUAACUCAAGACAAAUCUGGAAUCAUGAAGUUGAGACAUCUCAUCAUGGCAAUUUUAAUAAUCUCGUUGAUCUAUAGUGUAAGUGGGAGAGCUAUACGCAAAUCGUGCGGGAAAUAUUUAGCCGAUCGUAUUUCCGAUAUUUGCAAGGCACGAGGAGGAUAUCUUCAACUGAGCCCUUCAACUACACAGCGUCAAAGUCAUCAUCGCAUCAAACGUGGAAUAGUAGACGAAUGUUGCAAAAGAAGUUGCACGGAUGCUACUUUGACACAGUAUUGCAUGGAUAAUAACAACGUUUUAGAGGAGCCAAUAGAAUAUGUCCAAGCAGUCGAAACGAACAAAUCCUCAAUGGAAACACAAACAGAAAAGUCUGUGAAACAAAUGUUAUUCUCGACGAAGUACCCAGUCAGGAUUCUCCCGAUCGAAAUAGGCACCGUUCGACCAGAGUUCAAUAAUAUCAAUGCAAAAUAUAUUACAAACCGGCGUAACCAGUACAUACACUAGACACAUAUCUUUAGAAAAGUCAUUUUUGUGAUAUAAGAAUAAUUUCUUAGACGAACUGAGAGAAUACCGACGCAAUCAGUUGGUUCGACUGUGAUUGAAAAUAAAAUUUCUAGUCAUCGAAUGUUAUCAUUUGCAAAUUAAAAAAUAAGUUACUCCAAAUUGAAA